AUGUUACUUACUCUCCAACCUCAACAGACCGGAGGGGCAAAUGUCAAUGAGUACACGGUUAUUCACAAGAUCCACCCGACCCCACGGUCUUCGUGGUCUGACACCUCAUCUGGACAAGAUCCACAGCCUAUGGAAUCUUCCCAAAGAGAGCUUCCGCCGUCCUCUACUUUGAACCUGCCUGCAGCAAUGCCCACUCCAUUACCCCCGCCGCCGUCACAAUGGCAAGGAACUGAAUCUAUGCAACAGUGGUUGCUGGCUAAGACCGAAGAGGACCGUCGAAGCCAAGAAGAGGAAAAGACCCGUCAGGAAACUUUGCGAUUGGAGCAACGUAGAAUCGAACAAAUGAUUCUUAUCGAGUCAUUGCGUGCUGGCGUGCCUCCACCCAUGGUGCCAUUGAUCUUUGCGGCCAUGCAUAGUUCGGGUGCGGGAAACCUCCAGCUGAUGAUUGAUACAGCUCAGCAAUGGAUGGCGCAGCCAUCUAGAAGUGCUAUGGCGCCUGGUGCUCAACAACAACAAGCAUAUCAAAGUCACAGUCUCUCUACAACGCUCCCACCGAUACAGAGCCAACAAUUGCCAAGUCAAGUGGCUGCAGGUGAACCCCAACGGGAUCCACGCACACCUGCGUCCAAUGUGUAUACCCCUCAACAUCCGACCAUGGGUAUUAUCAAUACUGCCCCGCAGCCAGCUGGAAAUGGGAGCUCAAUGUCCUCAGCUGCGGGUACCCCAGUUCCAUUGCCUGCUCAUCUACCCCGGCCUAUCGAAAUGCAGCAGCCAGCCAUGCAGACGGCUCACGUUGGCCCUGUACAGUACGUGGCGGCUCCACAUGUUCCUCAGCACGCUCCUAUGCGACAAGAUCCACGCCCACGCCGCCCCUCACCUUCCAUCUCAUUUCACCACUGGGUGCCUCCAGGACAGCCCUCUCAUGCGCCAGCCUCCGCCAGAAGUCAACCGGAAUCGAUUCCAGCCGAUCCAGCGCCUUCGGCCAUGCGCCAUGACUCCCCCAGUCGUAAGAGAAAGCCGCAGGCAGCUCAUACACCGAUCGCUCCUCCCGCUCGACCAUCGGAAUUUGUUCCAGCGGAGGCACAAUCUGGCCGUCAGAGCCCAAUUAUUGGCACGCCGCAGCACGCACAUGGAACGCCGGGUAUCACGACUGCGCAUGAGUCUUAUCACCAUGAAGAGAGACCGGAAACUCGGCAACGGGAAUCCCCAGAGAUGAGCCCCUGGGCUCGCAGAGGUAAAUCUGGACGGGGCUUCAAACGGGAACAUCAUUCUCGCAGCCCGGAACGAAGCCGGAAAGCCCAGGAUCACCCGUCAUCUCGACAUAAAACUACGGCGUCGGACGAGGAGAACAUUUCAGAUCCUUCUCCAGAUACCGGUGGGAGUACCUAG